CCACCUGGGAGCCGGCUCCUCGCUGCCCCGCCGACCCCCGCCUGCGUCUGCAUCCGGGUCCGCAGUCCUUCGCGGGCACGAUGCCGAAGGAGCCGUGAGCCCAGCGGAGGCCGAAGCGCGACGGCGGGACCUGCUGCCAUGUCUCAGCAGCCACUCAACUGCCGAACUGAGAAGGGGGACAGCCCCAAUAAGAGCCCAGGAAAUGGAUCCCCCAGUCAGGCUGUCUCCAAACUGGACACCCCCGAGGAGCUGCUGCAGCAGAUGAAAGAGCUCCUUACCGAGAACCAUCAGCUGAAGGAAGCCAUGAAGCUAAAUAACCAAGCUAUGAAGGAGCGAUUCGAGGAGCUCUCAGCCUGGAGGGAAAAACAGAAGGAGGAGCGCCAGUUCUUUGAGAUACAGAGCAAGGAAGCCAAAGACUGCUUGAUGGCCUUAAGUCAUGAAAACGAGAAAUUGAAGCAAGAGCUUGAAAAGCUAAAAGGGAAACCAGAAAGGUCAUUUGAGGACCCCGCUGGCAACUCCAGGGUUCGCAGGGCAGAGCUGGAACAGGUGAUGGAGCAGCUGAAGGCCCAGGUGGCCCGCCUCCAGGCUGAAAAGGCGGAUCUGCUGGGCAUCGUGUCCGAGCUACAACUCAAGCUGGGCCUGGGCAGAGAAGACUCCUUUAUUGAAAUCAAUAUUACUGAAGGAGAAGCAGAGGGGGCAGUGAAAGAAAUCAAGAAUGGUCCCGGGCCCCCAGGAACGGACUCCUUCAGCACGAGCAGAUCUGUAGCAGGUGCUGGGAAUGGUUUGGAAUUUGAGGAUUUAACAGUGAGCCAGCUCCUGCUUUGCCUCAGAGAAGGAAACCAGAAAGUGGAGAGACUUGAAAUUGCACUGAAGGACACCAAAGAAAGAAUUUCAGAUUUUGAAAAGAAAGCAAAUGAUCGUUCUGAGGUUGAAACCCAGACAGAGGGGAACACAGAAAGAGAGAAAGAAGAGGAGAAAAUCACAGAGACCGUUGGAAGUGAAGUGGAAACGCUGAACCUGCAGAUAACAACCCUGUUUAAAGAGCUCCAAGAGGCUCAUGCCAGACUCAGUGAAGCAGAGCUGAUGAAGAAGAGACUUCAAGAAAAGUGUCAGGCCCUUGAGAGGAGAAAUUCUGCAGCCUCAUCAGAGUUGAAUGAAAAGCAAGAGCUUGUAUGUAAUAACAGAAAGCUAGAGCUGCAAGUGGAAAGCAUGCGGUCAGAAAUCAAAAUGGAGCAAACUAAAACAGAAGAUGAAAAGGGUAAAUUAGCCUCCCUACAGUUGACACACAAUAAGCUUCUUCAAGAACACAGUAAUGCAUUGAAGACAAUUGAGGAACUGAAAAGGAAAGAGUCCGAAAAAGUGGAUAAGGCGAUGGUGCAGGAGCUGCAGGAGAAGCUGGUGCUGGCAGAGACGGCGCUGGCCUACAAGCAGUGCCAGCUGGACGAGCUGAAGCAGACGGUCGCGCGGCAGGAGGAGGAGCUGGAGACCGUGGCCGUCCUGAAGGCCCAGAUGGAGCUUUACUGUUCCGAUUUUCACGCUGAAAGAGCAGCAAGGGAGAAGAUCCACGAAGAGAAGGAGCAACUGGCCCUACAGCUGGCCCUCCUGCUGAAAGAGAAUAACAUUUUUGAAGACGACGGCAGCAGGCAGACCUUGAUGGAGAUGCAGACCCGCCACGGGGCCAGGACAGAUGAUGCAGCCCUGCAGGUUUACCUCGCCCAGAGAGGAGCUGAGGAUGGAAGCUGGCAGCGGCAGCAGCAGCAGAACUUGCCAAUUCACUCCUGCCCCAAAUGUGGCGAGGUGCUGCCUGACAUAGACACCCUGCAGAUCCACGUCAUGGACUGCAUCAUUUAAGUGUUAUGCUUCACCCCCACCCCAGACCACUGGUGAACGUCAGGUAGUUUUCCUCCAAGAGUUGAACUUUGGUGUUAUUUGUUUCCACUCAAAUAUUUUGGCUCAUUGUGUUUGUGCUAAGAGAAAGAAAAUUUAUACAUUCUAAGUAACAUAUUUUAUUUUUCUUAAACUCACAAAAUAGAAUCCUUAACAUGCCGCCCUUCUAAUAGUAAAUUCAGGAGUUUUUACAUUCAAUCUGUGUGAACACUGCAUUGCAGACAGCAGGUGGCAAUCCAUGCAACCAGAAAGAAGAAACUUCACUGACAAAUUUUGAGAACCGUUAAGGAGGCAGGAAAAAUGACGCGGUCACGGGUAUGAUCAAGAAAAUAUCUCAAGUAUUUUUUAAAUAAAUUAUAUUGUUAUUUUUCCUUCACCCAUUUAAAAUGGCUGUAUCAUGUGUGUGUGUGUGUGUGCGCGCGCGCGUGCGUGGUGGUGGUGAUUUUACCGCGACGGUGCUUGUGCCACCGUUGUGACAUGGGCUCAUGUCAUAUGAGCCCUGUAAGCUUUUACUUCAUGUCAAAUAAGUGAAAAAACUAUGGGUGUACAGGAAGUCAGUAACAGUAGAUUUGCUUGAUUUCACACAAUCAUUCACAGUGUAAAGAAGUUAGCUUUGCUCUUCUAUUGUACUGCAGAUACCGUGGCUGUACAGCAGAUACUUUAAUAGUCUGUAAAAAGAACAGCUGUCUAUUAAUUUUCUUCCUGGAUCAGGUUAAAGCUUCAUAAUUGUACACCCAAAAAAACAUUAAUGCAAAAUAAAAUGUUGCUUAUGAAACUUUUACAUGGUUUAUA